AUGAUACAAAAUCUUCAUAUACAGAAAUUUGACAUGAAGACGGACAAUCGCAAUUUUUGGGUGGCUUUCGUUUCUUGCCAAUCUCAAUACAAAGACGCGGUGACGCUGACGCUCCGUCAAAUAGACGUGAUCAAGCGGCUGGUGAACAAAUACCCGAAAAACUUGGAACUCGUGACUGCAGCUGACAACAUAGAAACGUCAUGGAAAAAUGGAAAACUUGCUUCCCUCAUUGGCGUCGAAGGAGGACAUUCUCUUGAUUCCAACUUGGGGGUUUUGCGGCUCUACUACGAACUCGGAGUGCGCUACGUAACUCUGACCCAUUCCUGCAACACCCCAUGGGCCGAUGCAUCACCGUGGACUGACAAACCCGUCUACAACUUGACUGAAUUCGGAAAGUACGUCGUAUGGGAAAUGAAUCGCCUCGGUAUGCUUGCCGAUCUCUCGCACGUAUCCCACAACGUCAUGAGGGACGUGCUAAAUGUCACGAGGGCUCCAAUUAUUUUUUCUCACUCAUCGGCUUAUGCCAUUUGCAACAACUACAGGAAUGUCCCCAACGACGUCCUACUCAAAGUAAAAGAGAACGAGGGGAUUGUGAUGAUCAAUUUCUUCAAUGACUUUGUUAACUGUGAUAAAACGAGAAAUGCUACGAUUGACGAUGUCGUUGCGCACAUAAACUACGUUAGAAAUCUCAUUGGAGUGGAUCAUGUUGGUAUUGGCGCCGAUUACGAUGGAGUCGAAAACGCGCCCGAAGGACUCGAGGAUGUCAUCGCAAACGAUGAAUUGAGCAAGUUUCCAUUUGAAAAGAACCUCACAGAGGACAAGCGAAAUGUUGUCAACACCGAGUCAGUAAUCGGAUGGGCCAUAAUCAUAGAAACUUAUAAACGAUGUACCUAA